GAGCUGAAAUAUUGAUUUUUGCCGCACGUCAUCAAAGUUGAUGCUGAAUUGCUGGAGGGUGAAAGUAGUGAAACCAUAACAUCGAAAAAAAAUAUACAAACCUUCGUAAUUAAAAUUAAAGCAAAAUUUCAGCUCAACUUAAGUAAUACAACCAAAACUCAAGAGCAAAUAGUUCCAAAACAUUUAAGAUUGAUAAAACGUUGCCUACUUGGGGGCGUACAAGAGCCAGUGUAAUUGUUGAGUGCAUCAAAUAUAGUUUGUUGUUAACUUUUUGUUUGCCCUCUCCGCACAUCCACAGUCAACAUUGGCGCAGUUGUAGUAAAUGCUAAUGGGCAAUACGCUGAGCCGCAAGUGAAAAGUAAAUUUAAAAACUAAUCCACGAUGAUUAAUAUGCGACCAUAUGUGCCAUCGAGCCGCGUCGCAGUACGUGACUCUAUCGACGAGGAGAUAAGUGACGAUAUUGAGGACGACGUUUUCAUAAAGGAUGCACGCUCCGCCAAGUUAAAUGAAGAGAAGGGUCUCAAGCGGCCGCUUAUGGCACCAAGACGCAAAAACGGCAAAAUGCAUAAUUCAACACCGAUUAUGAUGAAGCAUCGCAGAUUCCGGCGUUACUGCGAGCCUUUUUUUUACGGCUUGCUGACUAUUAUUGUGUUAAUCAUCAUCACGGUGGUCGGAGGGUACAUUCUUGCUAUGGUUCCUGCGUCUAUGCAAAGCCUUAAAGGUUGGCUAAGCGGUGGUCCUGUCACUAGUACGGGCGUAGGGUUCCAGCCCUGUCAGCAGAUUAGAGUACAACGCAUUUGGACGCAAAGAUUUCCACGCAUGAAUAGCGAGAGCCCUGUGCGGAAGGCCGAUUUAAAUGGUGAUGAUAUUGAGGACAUAAUUUUCGGUUUUGGUGUUGAUGACAAUAUUCAGUAUGAAGGAUUUGCGUUGCCCAAAUGUAAGUCUGCGCAAGGUGGGGACGAGGUGCCUUGUGAGGGUGGUGUUAUCGCUGUAAAUGGCGCCACUGGCAGUUUGCUUUGGCAGACGUGGAGUGUGGCUAAUGUCUUCUCAUUGCUAUGUACCUUGGACAUAAAUAUUGAUGGCUAUCCGGACUGUGUAGCUGCAGGAAGACUGGGUAUGAUUUUCGCCAUAGACGGACGUAGCGGCAACAGUAUUUGGGAAUUUCGUGAGAUGGAGGUUGAAACAAACUCUCCAAUUGUAAUGGAUCUCUACACGAUUAAUGUGGUAAGAGACUUGGAUGGUGAUGAAAUCUCCGAUAUACUCGCCGCACAUCUUGAGGAACGUGAAGAGUCUAAAGCCGGUCACAUUAAAUUGAUAUCUGGUAAGACGGGCAAAGUUGUACGCAGCAUACCAACCCCGUACAGAGAGGAAGUUUUCGUACCAUUACAAGUGAUUACAAAAGAGGAUGGAACUGAACUGCUAAUGGUCAUUACUGGUGGCCAAAAUACACCUGGCGGUAUUUACACGAUACGUUUACUAUCACUCAUGCAAUUUACGAGCGAAAAAGAAUUCACUCCACUCUUUCAAAGUAAACACUCUGGUGUGAUGGUACCGGCGGUUGUGACGGAUAUAACUGGAGAUCACGUUGCGGACAUUGUGGUGGCUUCGUUUAAUUCAUCGGUAUACGCGUUUGAUGGCCGUAAUUUUAGUAUGCUUUGGAAUUACACGUUUGCGGCGAGUGAGAGUGUCAGCGCCAUUGUGCCGGGUCAUUUCAAUCUCGACAAUGUAACCGAUUUUAUGGUGAAGUACAGUACUGGUCCGGGUUUUCCAGUUUACUAUUACUCCCAGACCACUAUACUGGAUGGCAAAAACGGCAAACCCCUAUUGGGUGGAAUACUGACAGACUCUGGUGGUUCCAACAGUUUGCUUGGCGGUGUCUCGGUAUCUCAAAGUUUUGGUGGCGACUUCUUUUUUCAUUGGCAAAUGCAGUGCAAGGAUAAAUACAAUGCUAAGGAUGCAUAUGAGUUCAUACCAGAAAGUGACAUUAUCUUACAAUCACGAGCUGAUACAUGCCGUUUGCGGUACAAUACGACGACGGUACUGAAACUUUAUGCAAUAGCAGAUGGCAUCAUGCCACCGGGUGCGGUAAUUUGUAGUACAGACGACAUUGAGAUUCAUCUGAAUCGCACUCAACACCCGCAACAUGCCAAACCGAGCCCGAAGUCCGCAUUGAAACACCCUAAGUUAUUGAAGAAGCUGCUGGCACAUAGAGAGGACCUAUUGAAAAAAAUUGCCGUCGGUGCUGACAUAGAGAAGUUGGAAAAGUUAACAAAAAAUCAAAACCCAGCACAUUACAAGGAGAAUUCGUUGAGAAAUCCUAUAUUUGCUCAGGAAGGGUUUCAGGAAGUCAUGCCAAAUAAUGAAGUACCGGCGGAAAAUAUAUAUGAAGCUGUAAAGCAAAAUGGCUAUAGUAAUUACUUUAGCGGCGCUUACGGAGCUAAUGGAAACGAACAAUUACGUCAACCGUUAAAAGAUUACGAGUCCCUGGUGGGUGCACACGGUCCUGAUGACUACGAUUCUAAUCUCUACGUAGACAACGAAGUGCCGCAAUUGGUGCCACAAAAUGAACAUCCCAUACGUUUGCGUACAAAAUAUCCUGGCAAUCGCGAUGUGCGUAGUGACAUUACAUCCUUUGAGGAUGAGCAAAACGUUUCGCAUACCGUACCAACCGGUGGCGUGCCGCAAAAUAGCCUGGACAAGCAAGAACCUUAUAAUCUGUGGGAUCUCGAAGUGGAGAAAGAAGAACAGGAUGCAAUCGAAAGAUCCAAAAAUUGCGAUUACUCGACAAAUCCAGAUUCAUUGAGGAGACGGAGGGAUACCGCUGCUCAAGCGGAGUCUGACGAUAAUAUGGAAACAACGUCAGAUGGACCGCCGAAUAUUGGUGAAUCCGAUGAGUGGUUCCUGGCUUCAAUAUCAUCGACGGGCGUGUUAUUGAAGUCAUUGAAUGGUACUCGAUCUUCGGUGGAUUUCGCUUUUGUCUUGAACAUACGGGAGUCAGAGACCUACCCACCACUCUUUUUACCGCAGGAUCUUAGUUGUGUGGAGGAGAAGAUAAGUGCAUAUAAAAGUUACACAGAAGACAAUCUACGUAUACUGCGAAAACAAUUCUUAAAGCAAUGUCUAAGCGAUCGUUUAGUUGACGUUACACCGCAAGUGCCGAAAUAUGAAUCGCAGAUAAUCGUCACUCGUAUUGGUAUCACCUGUACAUGUUCCUGGUUACCAUCGCAUAUGAUUUGCUCUGAGCUGGAUGAUAUACAGACGCAACGUUGGACUGGUUAUAUGGGCAAUGAUGGGCAUGGUUACUACGCCAAUUAAAUUUAAGUGGUGAAUAAGGUAUGAAAUGAAAAUAUGAGAGGUAGUUGGUGGAAGAGUGUUUGUGUAUACAGUAAAGCCAUUUAAGCACAAACUUAGUUUUAAAACUGUUUUUAUUGCAGUUUAUUUCCCAAUCGCGCAACUUCAUAUUCGUAUUGUUUGUUUUUAUGUGCAAAUUUAAGUCUACAAGUACAGAUCGGGAACUUUCUCAUUUUGAGGUCAGGAAUUUUAUAUUUAUACUUUGAAAAUAUAGCUAAAAACUACUACACAAAAUAAAAAUU